AAUUAGUAUUGUUUUUAAACAAUAAAAAUUAAUUCAAAAAUAACACAAUUUAUCAAUAAAACUAAAUCAAUAUAAACAGUGUUUUUUAUUUUAUAGUUUUACAUUUACCAACUUAUUAUUUUAUUUUAUUUUAUUUUAUUUUGUUAAUAUCCAAUUUUCAUUUUUUUUUUUUUUUAAUUUUUGAAAAAAAAAAACAGUUUGGCUUUUUUUUUUAAAUUAAAUUAUGGGCGGAAAUAAUUUAAAUAAAAGAGGAUAUGACCAAAUGAAUGAUGAGUGGGGCGGAAUAAGCAAUAGUGGUAUAACAAAUAAUAGUGGCGAAUCACCAAAUUUAAUUAGUCAAUCAACAAUAUCAAUGUCAAACGAUAAUUCUGGCAACAGUGGGGGAAACAGAAUUCCAAUCGAAACAAUAGGUGGGAACAAUAUAAUAAAUGGAGCAACAAUGUUAAAUUUAUCAAAUAAUACAACUCCAACAACCUCAAGCCUAUCAAUUUCAACUCUUUCCAAUAAUAUAAGUAAUAAUAUGAAUAGUAGUAAUAAUAUAAAUAAUAAUAAUAAUAAUAUUAACAAUAAUAUAAAUAGUAGUAGUAAUAAUAUUAAUAAUUUAAGUAAUGGUGAUCAAAUUAUAAAUUCAAAUUUUGGUCAAAAUAAAGAUGAAAUUAAUAAUACAUCCUCAUCAAAUUUAAUUUUAUCAAAUAUUUCAACUGCAUCUACAACCACAAAGACUAGGGGAAGAGGCGAAAGAAAACGUACAAAAUUCCCAGACGAAGAAGUUAAAGUUUUAUGUGACCUUGUUGUACUUUUUGGAAAAGACGUUAGAACCAUUUUAACAUUCAAACCUUUUAAAGAUGGAAAAUACUCUGAAAGACAAAUAUAUGACAAAGUACGUGCAUUAAAGAAAGGAGGUUUAGUGCCAUCACAUCCAGACUCUGAAACAAUUAAAAAGGCAAAAUUAGAGUUAGGUAUUGCAGAAAAUGUAGAUACAGAUAGUCUUAGAAGUGGUAAAAAAGGAAGACUUUCAAGUGUUGUUUUAGCAUCACAUUCAGACUCUGAAUAUUCUUCAUCAGAGCAUGAAGAUGACGAUCCAAGUGGUCUCAUUUCAGCAAACACCUCAACAACCAGUUUAAUUGGUAGCAAUAUUUUAAGCAAUUCAUCCAAUAAUAUCAAUACAUCUUUAUCAUUAAGUGCCUCUCAAUCACCACAAUCACCACAAUCAAAUAUAUCCUCAACAAAUUUAAUAAAUAACAAUAAUGGGACCUCAACUCCUGGACCAUCGCGUAGACCCAGUAGUGCCAGAUUAAUAAAUCGUAGAAGUUUAGGAACAUUACAAGAAAAUGCCCAGAACUUAAUCAACUAUGAUUCAAAAUCCACAAACACAUCCCAAGUUUUCCCAAUCCUCUCACAAACAAAUUUAACAAAUAGUAUUAAUAGCAGUACCAACAAUAUAAACAAUUUAAGUAAUAGUAUCAAUAAUAGCAAUAUAAUAUCACAUAGUACUACUACAUCAACCAUUAUAACACCAAACCGUACUCGUGAAAGAGACAAAUUAAGUGCAUUAGAAAAAGCUAGAAUCGAUAAGGCUUCUGAUAAGGUCGAAAAGAGAAUCCAAACAAGAGAAAAACCUGCAAAAGUUUAUAAAAAAGAAACCUAUAUAGAUUCAGACACUGAAUUUGACGACGAAGACGACGAGGACGAUUCUAACACUACAACAAUUGGAAAAGAAAAUUCAUUCUUACAAUUUGACUAUUACUCAACAAAUCACAACUACUCUUUAAAGAACAAUAAAACAUUUUCAAAUCCAUCAUCAAUAUCAUCAACAUCACUAACCCCAACAACAACAACCACUACCACUACCACCACUACCCAACCAAUACCAAUCAAUUGUAGAUUAAAUUUAGCAAAAAACAAUAAUAAUAGUAAAACAAACCCAUUUAUAAAUACCAGUAAUAACAAUUUAAUAAGUAACAAUUUAAACAUUAGCAGCUCAACAUUAAACACAUAUGCGUCAUCAAUUUUAAAUGGCCAUAGUUUAGUGAAUCCAAACAAAAACAGUUUUUUCAAAUAUGAAACUGAAAAAAAUUUAUUAAUAUUUUAUCCAUUUUUUACAAAGAGUCUCCCAGUAAAUACUUUUGUUUUUGAAAAAGAAUUAUUAAUUUUAACAAUUGAAAUGCCAAAUGUUUUUGAUUGGCUAUCAUCAAAUGUAGAUAAAUCUCCAAUUAUAUCAGAAACCAAUAUCACAGUGGAGUUUCCUCAUCCCGGUAAAAACUAUGGUCCACCAAGAAAGAUUAAUAAAUUACCAGAUGGUGUUAAUGGAGUUGCCUUCAUUUUUGAGAAAAUUAAACAAGGUAAUGUCGAUUUAGAUUUAUCAAGUUUAUAAAUAAAAAAAAUAAAAAAUAAAAAAAUAAAAAUUUUUUUUUCCCUUCCCUCUAUUAUUUUCAAUAAUCGUUGAAAAUAAAUGUAAUAAAUAUACAAU